AUGGAUACUACUGUCGGUCCCGAAGGUCUGGUAACAUCACUCGGUCUAGAUCAUGUAUUUGUUGUGCGAGAGGAAAGGCGCGUUGCGACAAGAGGCGGCCCCAAUGCUCGAGAGACCACGCUCAGGAAUACGAGGCCAAGGACUCAGCACAAUGAUGAUGUGCCGGCCGAACGGUGGAAGAAAAUGCCCUCUUUGGUGGCCAACUCUCCUGGUGGCGGAAAUCGUCAAGAAGCAAGCAAAGAUGGUGAUAUGAUUCUCGACAGUGCGCUUGUCAUAUCAGAAUCAGAGUUCCCAAGCAUUCCAGGUGAUUAUCUGGAUUGGGGUGCCCCAGAGAUUGACUUCGACGACUUUUUGAAUGCAGAGACGAGCGACGAAACCGUUCAACACCCUUCAUCGAGGUCAUCAUUUAUAGUUCGUCACUCUACUACCCCAACUCGUCAACUUUUUCAAGUACAGCAAGCCAGCUCUUCUCUCAACGCAUCGAUACCAAGAUCACCAACUUUCGCUGUCCGAUCACUUAUCCAACGACCCAAAAUGACGACCGGGACGCAAAGAAUCGGCAACCUCAUACUUCACACCCUGAAAUCUUAUCCCCUAAUGAUGCUGCGCCACAACAUCCUUCCGCCCUUCAUCCAUCCGCGUAUAACAUCUUCCGAUAGUGAGGAUAACUACAUGGAGCCCCUCACCAACUGCAUCAGUUUGGUGCAUAUGAUCAGUAGCGGGGUCCAAGGGAGUCGAAAGUUGUUCUGGAAAAAUGUGCGGCUAGAGUGUGAACGUUUACAUGAAGAGCAUCUAACGUUGAAUAAAUGGGGACUGCUUGCGGCCAUGCAAGCCCUCUCAAUUUACAUUCUCAUCAGGUUAGAUGAAGGCGAGACGGACCAUAACAACUUUGAUUUUCUGUUACUCGCGACGGUGGCUGUUAUCGCCAAACAACUCUCCAACAUCAUUUCAUGCAAUACGCGGUCUGCAAUAUGCAACUACGGUCUUGGCGUAAGCUGGAAAGAUUGGAUCUACGAGGAAUCGAGACGAAGAUUAGCAGUGGUCUAUAGAGUCGUGAAUAUGUUAGUCUACUUCGAGCCAGCGGCGAUGUGCCAUCUGCAAGAGGAUCUUGUCCUCGCACCGCUGCCGGCGAAGAAACAGCUAUGGGAAGCAGGGGAUGAGUUCCGGUGGAAGUCGGAAAGCGAGAGGGACCCUGGGGUUCAGACUGCCUUUGGAUUGGCUGCAAACGGUGAGCUUGUUAAGUUAGAUGAAGGCCAGGUAUAUUGUAGUGACGCAAUACUGCUCCAUAGGCCUUUGGACGCCAGUACUCCGUCAAGGGGCAUUGCGAAUUGGGAGGAGUGGUGUUCGGGCAUGGACGGGUUCGGUGGGCUUGUUAUGCUUGCUGCUUCUUUAAUAGGGUAGUAUGUCUCAAAUAUGAAACCAGU